AAUUAUUACAACAGCGGAACUCUAUAUUCUCUUCUCUAAACUGAGAGGGAAGGAUUUUUCGUGAACACAAUGUGGAUCCUUAGUGGACAUGUGUGACCAGUUUCAUUGACAAAAAUGAGUAAAAUUUGCUGUACGGUAUUUUUGAGAGAAUCGUCGAAGCAGACCAUUCAUUUUUAAAACGAGGCUAGUAAAAUUCAACAAUGGAUCAAGGCAAAGUUAUGAGGCGUUUGUAUGUGGGUGGCUUAAACCAUACUAUUUCUCAGUCGGAGUUGAAGCAAAGGUUCGGAAAGUUUGGUGAUGUGUUGGAUGUGGAUAUUGUAACAAGGAAAGAUGAAGAAGGAACACCUGUAAAGACCUUUGGAUAUCUCAACAUUACAAUUUCAGAAAAAGAACUCAGCAAAUGUAUGUCCUUAUUGAACAAAACAAAAUGGAAAGGUGGAACUCUACAAAUUGAAUUGGCCAAAGAAAGCUUCUUACACAAAUUGGCUCAAGAAAGGCAGCAGGCAGCCCAAAAGAAGCAAACUCCAAAGACUGAACGCAGACCUCCUUUUCUCGACUCUCUGAAGAAAGUUGGAGUGGACAAUUUUCACAUGAAAGCGGCUGUACCAGGGACAGAGGUUCCAGGCCAUAAGAACUGGGUUGUGAGCAAAUUUGGCCGAGUUCUUCCUGUCCUUAAUAUGAAGAAUCAAGGCAAAAACAAAAUAGUUAAAUAUGACCCUUCAAAGAACUGCCACAACAUCAAGAAAUUAGAGCAGGCAAUUGAUUUUGAUAACUUCACCCCAGUCUCAAAACUGACUUGGGAAUUGACAGGAGGAGAUGAUGACAUCAGUAAGAAAAGGAGGGGGGAGUUUCCUCUUCCAAAGUCCCGUCCAAAGAAAAUGAUGAAGCCUGCUUCAUUCAGUUCUGGCAAAGAGUUUGCUGACUCUGAUUUGGAGGUUAUCCGUAACUCUCAGGAUCACAGGCUCUCAGGGAAUGUAAAUAACAAACAGGUGAAAUCUCCUAAAGUAAACCAAGAGGCCAAACCUCCCUUAAAACCAUGCUCGAAAGAAGAAAACUUCGUUGGUAAAAAGCAUUCUGCAGCUUUGAAGGCCCAAAACAAAUCCAUGAACUUGUUUGACAGUGAUGUGGAUUCAGAGGAUGAAAUAAGGAAGUUGGUUGUGCAAGAGGAUAUUCGAAACGCAAGUCUGGUUGAAGAAGAUGUGGAUAACUUAGAGGUAGUUGAAGGUGACUUUGUUUUAAAACCUAACUUUCGUCAGUUACAGCAUCCGGUGAAGGAUGGAAACAAAGCAAAGGCUGUAAACACUUCUGGGCGAUGUGACAGCGAACAUGAGUAUGAUUCAGCAGACACUGAUGAAAUUCUUACCUCCUGCAAAACUGCUGCAAAGAGCCAAAAACAUUUGGAGACAUCCAUUAUCAAAACUGGGGUUCCAGAUAGCUUAUCGGUAACUGCCCAGAAGCAUCCCCCAUCCUCAAAAAUUCCAUCAUCAAAAAGAACUAAAACAACCCAGUCUGACAAUACAGUAACGUUUGAUUUUCCUCCCAGUUCAACUGAAUCUAUCUCCAGUGACGAAGGAUCAGACCAGAGCUGUGAUUCUGAAUACGAGUCCAUGAUGGCUAACUGUUGCCGAUUUGAGCUGUCUUUGGCAGACCUGGAGAAGAUUGCAAAUGAGUCUUCAAGAGAUGUGGAAGAAGAAAUCGAGGAUUGUCAGGAAUCGGAUGUUGAAGCGAAGGCUACAGGUGGAUCAGAUCUUCAUAUUAAUUCUAAGAAAAAGACUCCAAUAAAAUCGUCAGCAAGGAGGGGCAUCACCCCUGAAGAUAUUUUAGCAUCUCUUUUGAAUGAAAGCAGCAGUGAAGAUGAAUAUGAUGGUGAUAAGAAGAAGAAGAUGAAAAAGCAGAAAUCUCCAUUGAAUCUGCCUGCUUUUAAAGGUACAAAGACUCUAGAAGAAGCAGGCAUGGAAUCUGGUGUCUGUCAAAAAAGAAAACAAGAAGAAGGCCAUUUGGGAGCUGAGUCUUUAAAAAAGAAGAAAAUUACCGAAACCCAGGAGGAUAAAUGGAAGGCUGCUACUUUAGAGGUGAAGACGACCAAUUCCAAACCCCCGCCAUUUAAGGGAGUCCAACAUUUUCUACCCAAGAGUGAAAAAACAGACUCCACUGCUCUUGCUCAAAACAUGGAAGAACGUGAAACUGAGGAAUCGGACUUCGAUUCUAGUGACUCCGAUGGGGAAGACACCAUAACAAAACCAAAAGCUUCUGCAAAGAAAUUAAAGGGGGGCGAGUCCCCAGUUAGCAGCAAGGCUCAGCCAACUCCUUCUCGAGCCUGGGAGGGCAGUAGCAGCUCCUCAAGCUCCAGCACUAGUGCUCCUGGGGAAGAGAGCAGCGCAGAAGAAAACGACAUGGGCAAGGCAAAAGCAAGACAUUCACAAAAUACGACUACAGAGCCGACACGGCGGUCAUGCGAGAAUUUAGCUUCAUUAACCAAUCCAAUCCGAAGUACUGAGAAGGCAGACGUUGUGGUGUCUAUAAAGGUAGACUCUAAAGCUUCUUGGUUCUCCAGUUCAGAGAAUGCUCUGAAACAACAGCAGGACAACGAGAAGCGUCUGGCAGCUCUGCAGCAAAGGCAGAAAGAGGCAGAGCAACAGAAGAGGCUCAUUCAAGGAGCUUUGUCUAAACUGGACACUUCUGAAACUAGCAAGGGCAAGCACAUUGUGUUCGAGUCAGAGGAAGAGAGUGAUGAGGAAGCCAAAGAGACCACGUUGAGAAAGAGCCUUUUUGCGGAAAGAGAGGAUUCACAUGGAGGGAAUUCCAGCGAAGAAGAAGAUCCGGGGAUUAAGACGAAUUCUGACCCCACUGCAAAAGUCAAAGAAUUUAAAAAACAAGUAGCAGGCAAGCUGUUUGAGAACAGUGAGGAUGAGGCCAGCAGCGAAGAUGACAAUGAUGACCGAUUUCAGAUCAAGCCUCAGUUUGAAGGCAAAGCCGGACAAAAGCUCAUGGCAUUGCAGUCAAGAUUCGGCACAGACGAGAGAUUCCGUAUGGACACGAGAUUUCUUGAAAGCGAUGAACAAUCGGAUGAUUCAGAAGAGGCGAAGAGUGGUGAGGAAGAUGAGCUUGAGGAGGAAAAGAGAAAGAAUAUGGAAAUCCUGCAGAAUCUUCUGAACAUCAACAUCCACACUCCUGAAACCGUCAAAGAAACUGCAAAAAAGAAAACCUUCAGAGAUGUUAACGCGCUGCACUACGAUCCCACGAAAGAGGAGCACGCUGCUUUGGAAACAAAGGCGGAGAAUCCCCAGAAAGAAAGCAAGGCCGCGAGGCGGAAGAAACGGGAAGAGGCGGAGAAGCUCCCCGAAGUAUCCAAGGAGAUUUAUUACAAAGUGGCCGUGGAUUUGAAGGAAGUGUUCGGCCCCCAGAAAGAAAAAGGAGAAGAAAAGCGAGACGUUGCGUGGGAUAAAAAGGAGGAUGAAACUACCGCUGUGGACAACUCGUCAGGCCACAUCUUUAAUUUCUCAUCCAGCAGUGGUGCAGGGAAGGAAGAGUCUACAGGGUUCACAUUUUCAUUUUUUGGAGAUGACGCAGCGAAUGAACCCAGCGUGAAGGAAGGCGAUUAUAAAAUUGAGCUGUUGAAGCCUGCAAAGGUCCCCUGGCAAGAGGACCCACGAUUCCAGGAGAGCAGCUCUGAGGAAGAAGACGAAGGAGAAACAGGAGAGAAGCCUGUUCCUGAUGUCACAAAAGAGGAGCCCUUUCCAGCAAAGAAGACCAAUCUUUUCUUUUUCUUCAAAGAUGAUGAGAGAUUGAAAGAGGGUCCUAAAAUGUUCUGCAGGUCUGUAAAGCUCGAGCAGGGAAGGGAGCAGUGGGAAGCAGACCGUGGCGCAUUAAUUGAGGAGUAUAAGAAGAGACACAAAGAUGCGAAGCGGAUAGUCAAAGUCCAACAGGCAGCCCGAAGAAAUCAAGGGGUCUUGUCUACUAAGUAACCCUCUCCUUGUUAGGCUUUGAAUUUACUGAGUUACCAAGCUGUUUCUUGUGAAGUUCGUUGAAAUAACAAUUUACAGUUCUCAGGACUGUUAAAGUCAGAUGGUGAAGUUUUUUUUUUUUACAAACUGAUUCCAUGUAUUUUGCAUAUUCCCCUCUGAAUUGGUUAAAAAUAUUGUAAAUAAAUGUUCUUUGAAAGUUUA